AUAGCUACACUGUCCACAUACCAGAGAAUCAGACAGUGGACAGCACUGUCUUCACUGUGAGAGCUUCUGACCCAGACUCUCCCCGAGAUCAGAAUGGACAAGUAAAGUAUUCAUUUCUGCGCCCGUAUCAACAAUUUUCUAUCGAUGAACAGAGUGGACAGAUUAUCCUGGUGGAUUCCCUGGACCGAGAGAGGGAGGCAUCCUACCUGCUCCUGGUCAAAGCUGCUGAUGCUUCAGCCUCAAACACUGCCUCCGUCUCAGUCAUAGUUGAUGAUGUCAAUGAUAACCCUCCACGGUUCAAAUCCUCUCUGUUCAGGAGUGUUAUCUCCAUCAAGGCUCCGCCAGGCAGUACAGUCCUGACAGUUGAAGCUACCGAUGCAGACGACCCCAACUUCAACAAUUACGGGACUGUGCGCUACCAGCUGUCUGGCAGCUCCAACUUCAGAAUCAAUCAGACAACAGGUGUCAUUUCAAGCACAGCUGCUCUCAAUACAGGACCCAGAUCCUACACACUGACUGUCACAGCCACAGACAGUGGUAACUCCACAGAGGCACUGAGCAGCAUGUGUGUGGUCAACAUCCAGGUGUCUACAGAUAAUCUCAACGCUCCAGUGUUCGCACCCUCAUUUUACAGAGUGACUGUACAAGAAAACCAGUUUGCUGUUGGAGAUACCAUUCUCAGUGUGACCGCCAAAGAUGAGGACCCAGGACUAGAUGGAGAGUUUACACUUCAACUGGUCAGUUCCCAGGAGAAGUUUGACCUCACGCAGACUGGACCUCGAGGCAAUAUACGUCUGUUAAACAGCCUGGACUUUGACAGCGGGGACACAGUCUUCGCCUUUGAGAUCACAGCCACUGACAAAGGCACCCCUGCCAGAGCCGGUACAGGAACUGUGGUGGUGUUUAGUGGACGAUGA